AUGAGCCAGCCAGUAGACAUCCCCAAGGAGCAAUGGGCGCAGGUCUAUGAGAAGGAUGGCGUAUCGACCCUCAAGAAAAUCCCCGUGCCCGAACCCGGCCACGACCAAGUCCUCGUCAACAUCAAGUAUUCCGGCGUCUGCCACACCGACCUGCAUGCGCUCAACAACGACUGGCCGCUGCCGCGCAAGACCCCUCUGGUCGGCGGCCACGAGGGGGCCGGCAUUGUAGUCAAAAAGGGCUCGCUAGUAACCAACGUCGAAAUCGGCGACAAGGUCGGCGUCAAGUGGCUCAUGGCCACCUGUUUCCACUGCACCUUUUGCCAGCAAGCCCAAGAGUCGCUGUGCCCGAGGGCGCAGCUGUCGGGGUACACCGUCGACGGCACCUUCCAGCAGUACUGCGUCGCGAACGCGGCGCACCUGGCCCGCUUCCCGCCGCACACCGACCUGGCCGGCGUCGCGCCCAUCAUGUGCGCCGGGCUGACGGUGUACAAGGGCCUGAAAGAAUCCGAGACGCGGCCGGGCCAGUACGUGGCGAUUGUCGGUGCCGGGGGCGGGCUGGGCACGAUCGGGAUCCAGUACGCGCACGCGAUGGGGCUGAACGUGAUCGCCAUCGAUGGCGGCAAGGAAAAGGGCGAGGCGUGCAAGAAGUUGGGCGCGGAGACGUUCAUCGAUUUCAGGGAGUCCAAGGACCUGGUGGCUGAUGUCCGCAAGGCCACGUCGGAUGGGCUGGGACCGCAUGGCGUGAUUUUGCUGGCGCCGCAGGAGCAGCCGUUCCAGCAGGCCGCGGGCUAUGUGCGGUCGCAUGGCACCGUGGUCUGUAUUGGAAUGCCGGCGGGCGCCAGGGUGAGCAUGCCGGUGUUUGAUACGGUGAUUAGGAUGAUCAAGGUUAAAGGGUCGUAUGUGGGCAAUAGGGAGGAUACGGCCGAGGCGGUUGAUUUCUUCAUCAGGGGUAUGAUUCAUGCGCCGUAUAAGGUGGUUGGGCUGAGUGAGAUUGAGAGCAUUUUCGAUGCCAUGAGGGAGAAUAGGGUUAUUGGAAGAUAUGUGAUGGAUAUGAGCAAGUGA